UGCUGCCGUAUAAAUCGAACACACCGUGUUUUCUUCUCGUUAGCGGGCGGGCGGUCAAGUUAGUGUGAAGUUGUGAAAAGUUGUCAACCCGAGAAAAGCGCAGAGAAACUCCUCCCGUCUUCAAAUAAUGAGCAAUCAGCAGCAGGGUGACAUGGCCGCUGUGGGGAGCGGUGGAGGCUUCGGUCAAAAGCGAAACACAAACUCCCAAGACUCACAGCAGCCAUCUCCUCUAGCCUUGUUGGCAGCCACAUGCAGUCGAAUUGACACCCCAGGAGAAGGCGAUUCCCCGUCAGAGCAAAACCAACACCAACAUCCCGAAAUUAAUCAGGUUUUUACCACCGGCGCCAACGGCUGGCAGGUCGUACCUCUCAGUGUCCACGCAACCUCAGGCACUAACACUAUCACCACGGAGACAUCUGUGACAAUGACAGGGGGAGACCCAGGAAAGAGCAGACAGGUGGUGUCACCAUCAACAGUUGCCGUAAGCACUCAGGGACACCACCACCAGCAGCAGCCACAGCAGUACGUAGUGGCCCAGGCUCCGUCCAUGCAGGGUCAGCAGGUGCUUACCACCAUAUCGGGCAUGAUGCCCAACAUCCAGUACCAAGUUAUUCCACAGUUUCAGACAGUUGACGGUCAGCAGUUGCAGUUUGCACAUACACAGCAGGAGACCGCUGUGUCUGCAGCAGGGGCAGGCCAGCAGUUUCAGAUUGUGUCCUCUUCUAAUGGUCAGCAGAUCAUAGCAGCAGCCAACAGGCCUGGCACAGCAGGAAACAUCAUAACAAUGCCUGGUCUCCUUCAGGGUGCCAUCCCCAUACAAAAUAUAGGCCUAGCCAAUGGAGUUUUACAAAACCAGCCCCAGAUCCUGGCUAACAUGCCUGUGUCCCUUAAUGGAAACAUCACAUUGUUGCCUGUCAGUACUGGAACCAGCACGGGGGGAGAGGCAAGUGGUGGAGGGGAUGCAGGUGGAACCCAGCUUAUACAGCAGCAACAGUCACACCAGCCAGUGUCUUCCAACAGUGGGACAGGUUACAUGACGAGCUCCCCGUCCACCGUCACCGCACAAACCUCAUCCUAUGGAAUGACUCAAACGCAUAACACAAACCUAGCAGUAACAGGGACGUACCAGCAUAACGCGUCCUCUCUGGGGGUCCCCAUUCAGCCAGACAACAGAGAUGGGCAGCAGCCGCAACAGAUUCUUUUUCAGCCGCAGCAGCUCAUCCAGAGCGGAGCGCCUCUGCAGACCAUCCAAACUGGCACCAUGACAGCAGGGGGUCAGGUUUUUGCAGCUCCGACGCUCAGCCAGGAAGGCCUUCAGAAUCUUCAGAUCAUGCCAAACACGGGCCCCAUCCUGCUGCGUACGGUAGGCGCAAACGGCCAGGUCACCUGGCAAACCAUUCAGAUCCAAAGUCCGACAGGAACACAGAUCACCCUGGCGCCAGUACAGUCUCUACCCCAGCUCGGUCAGACCCAAGGAGGUGCUGCGGGCGGAGGAGUGUCUGUAAACUCAGUGCAGAUCCCCAGCAUCCAGACCAUUAACUUUAACACGCUCGGAGGGUCUGGGCUCCAGCUACAGGGGGUCCCAAUCACCAUCGCCGGCACAGCAGGUGACCAGGUAUUGCAGACAGGUGGAGAAAGCCUGGAUGACAGCACUGCUAUGGAUGAUGAGGAUAUAAGUCCGCAACCUGCAGGACGACGGAACCGGAGGGAAGCCUGCACCUGUCCCUUUUGCAAGGACGGAGAAGGACGCAGUGACCCCUCUAAAAAGAAGCAACACAUCUGCCACAUCACCGGCUGCGGGAAGAUUUACGGCAAAACCUCACACUUGAGGGCGCACCUCCGCUGGCAUACAGGAGAACGACCGUUCGUCUGCAGCUGGUCCUUUUGCGGCAAACGAUUCACGCGCUCAGAUGAGCUCCAGCGUCACAAGAGGACACAUACAGGUGAGAAAAAGUUUGUUUGCUCAGAGUGCCCCAAGCGCUUUAUGCGUAGUGAUCACCUCUCGAAGCACAUCAAGACGCAUCUGAACAAGAAAGCAGCAGCGGCCGCCGCUAACAGCAGCACCGCCGGCGCCGUCUCCCCGGCAGCAGGGACAGAAGCCGGCACCGGGGCAGUGUCGGCCAACGACCAGCACACCAUCGUUACCAUGGAAACCUUAUCUGCCGAGAGCAUAGCUCGACUGGCCAGCAGUGGAAUCAACAUGAUGCAGGUGGACCUUCACCAGAUCAACGGCAACAGCUACUAACUAAGGCUGGUGGGGGAGCAGGAAUCACAGCCUGGGUGGAUGCUGCAUCAUUUCAGACACUUAACAAUUUAAAAAAAAAAAAAAAAAAAAAAAA